AUGGGCCAAAAACACGACAUGUCCAGCAUUCUGGGGUUUUUGCUGUCGCCUUUGCUUCACCACCCGGGCCUUUCUGACCAGCUGCCGGAACUUUCCAGAGUCGAUCCAGGCCACGACGAGUUCGACUAUGUUGCCCAUAUCAGACGAAUAGGCCAGGACUACGAGGCCUCGUCCAUGAACGACCUGCCGGCGAAAACACACCAAUCUGCGUCCUCGGGAAAGGCUGGCUCCAUUUCCUCGGAUGCUUCCAGAAAAAGACCGGCUCCGUUUCUGCCUGCCGUGCAACCGACCCACCAUCUGAACCUCUCUGCUGCUUUGAAAGGCCUGGCUGGGGCGCCAGUUAAGAUAGAAGAUCCUGGCAUCGCCAUGGAUCCGUUGGAUUUGGGCACCGAUAACGGUUUUUCGUUUCUGCUUGAUCCGCUUGCUUUUGAAGGCCCUAACGACUCGUUUAGACAACCGUACCAGGGCCAAUUUUCCCAGCUGCUAAAGAACCCCACCCGCAUGUCCAUGAGCAGCUCACAGGCUACGCUUACCGACGCCAGAGGAAUCCUGCUGAGUGCUCCUCGUCCCAUCAACAUCCAUAACCAUGUGGCUGAACCACCCAGCAAACGCCAGACGCCUCUGCUGCUGUACGAUCCGUAUGCGUUGCCAGGGUCCGUUUCUGGUUCCAUUUCUGGAUCGAUUUCCGGUUCUUUCCAUAAUCCGCCUUCAGCAGGUCCCUCUUCCUUCUUGUCCAACUCCUUUGCUCGUCAGGAUAAUUCCUUGGUUAGUGUGGCUGAAUAUUUCGGAGGAGACGCAAACUGGAACAGUCCCUACGAUUUAGACGACGGUCUGGGCCUGGGCUCCGUUCCCGGUCUGGUGGCCUAUGUUCCUUCAGAUACCCCAAUCAGCCGUCUGGGCUCCACAGUGAACGACCAUGCAUUUAGCUUCCCUGAAAGAGAAGGAAUGGGCAUCCCGCUGAACUACCUGAGCCUGUGGAACGACAGCUUUUUCGACGAUGCACCGGCUGCAGUGUCGGCUGCUUCCCUGGCUCCCAGACCAGCCAUGCCUUCGAGACACAGUUUCCAAGGAACCCAAAGACCACCCAUGAAACGCAAAGAUAGCAGGCCUCGGAAAGAGAGCAUCAAGGAAGCAGAGCUGAGAGGAAACCGCCCAGCCUCGAAUGCCAAUUUACAAAACGGCCGUACAGAGUGUACGAAUUGUCACACUCGAACAACGCCGUUGUGGAGAAGAAACCCCGAAGGUGAGCCUCUUUGCAACGCCUGUGGCUUGUUCUUGAAGCUCCACGGAACCGUCAGGCCGCUCAGUCUCAAGACAGACGUUAUCAAGAAAAGAGCACGGACAGCAGAUAAAAAGAAGGACGGCAAGAAGAGCGAGGCCAAGGCCGACCCCAAAAAGAAUAAUCGCAAAACCAAGGCAGACGGUGACGAUAACAACCCGACCCCCCACGACAAAGAACAGAAAAAGGGCACCACCAAAAGCAAAACCAAGGACCCACGGCGCAAACCAGGCCAAACCCCGCCAGUUUCCAAACCCAACGCUCCUCUGCAGCCGUCCAUGCUUCUGCCUCAACGAGGGCAAAGAAGCUCAUCCAAUUCGCCAGUUCUGUGGACGCAACGAUCACAGGUGGCCGAGUUGAACUCGGUGGUGAAGGAGGAGCUUCCUGCGAUCGACGAGAAGAAUGUGUUUGAACGGCAGGAUGACGAGGGUAAGUGGGACUGGCUCAGCAUGACUUUGUAA